AUGUCGUCUGCCUCUUCCUCAUCAUCGUCGGCCAGCCACAAGGGCAAGGAUGGUUUAGAUUCACUGUCCAAAGAUAGUCAUUCAGUUACUAAAAGGCUGCAGAAAGAGUUAAUGUCACUGAUGAUGAUGUCAGAGCACGGAGUAUCAGCUUUUCCAGAAGGCGACAACCUAUUCAAAUGGAUUGGGACUAUUAAGGGUCCAACUGGGACUGUCUAUGAGAGCCUAACCUACAAAUUAUCACUCGAGUUUCCUUCUGGCUAUCCCUACAAUGCCCCCACCGUGAAAUUCCUAACUCCCUGCUUUCAUCCAAAUGUUGACCUAUCUGGAAACAUAUGCUUGGACAUUUUGAAAGAAAAAUGGUCGGCCCUCUAUGAUGUCAGGACAAUAUUACUGUCUAUUCAGAGUCUUCUUGGAGAGCCAAACACAUUGAGUCCAUUGAACGUGACAGCUUCCGACCUAUGGCCCAACCAGGAGCAAUAUAAAAAGAUCUUACAUGAAAAGUAUGACGCCGCUGCUAAAUCCAACACGACCAACUCCGAUAAGAAUAUGCUCUGA